CUUCUUCUUUUUCUUGGGAUUAACUUUACUCUUCUUGGUGCAGAGAUGACGACAAAAUUUAAGAAGGAGAUGUAUGCUAAAAUUAAGACGAAGAAGAACGAACCCCUUUCUACCAUCGGGCAAAGGAAGUUGAAAAUUACAAACAAGGAGAAGGAAAAAGAGAUGGUGGAAAGAGUCUUGUCCACCCUUGCCCCGGAUCUGGACGAAGGUUAGGUAGCUUCUCCCGGUAUUUCAAUUGAAGAAGUUGUUCGUCCUUCCAAAAAGCGAAAGACAGGAGACAAGGGGAAAGAAAAAGUAGGCUUUAGUGUUUGGGAGGACGCUGGAGUAGCUAUGGACCGUGCAAGUGAGCUCCUUACUCCUAGGGAGAUGAAAGAGAUUUCAAGUGUGCCUUCCCAUGAGAUGGUGAGCCGUCACGUUCACAAGCUUGUGCAGGUAUUGGGUGAAACCAUGCACAUCACCACCCAGUAUUUGGCAAAUGAGGAGAAGGCCGUCAUGGCAAAUUCAAAAGUGGAGGCACUAGAGGCCGAGGCUUCCGGACUACGGAAAGACUUGAUUGCUGCUAUGAAUUCCAACAACGUUUCUAAGGAGCAACUCAAGGUUUUGACUAAGCAGCUGGAUUCUGAGAAACAGCUGGUGAAGCAGAAGGACGAGCUUCUUGCCUUAGCUGGUCAGAGGAUGAAAGCUGCCGUUGCUAAGGCCGUCCUUGCCUUUCAAUCUAUUGAUGAGUAUAACACCAUUCUAUUUCAAUGGUAUUUUAAAGGCUUCAAACUAUUGAAGAGGUACCUGAUCAAACAUGGCCCGGGGAUUGAUUUGGAGGAAUUAGACUUUAAGGCUGUUGAUAAGGAAAUGGAGGAGGAUGAAGCGGCCCUGGCAGCUUAGGCUGUAGCGUCUACUGGUGCGUACCCUUCUCAGGCUAAUAAGGACGAAGACGAUGCUCCACCAACUUGAACUCGUUGCCCCAUGAAGAAGAAUUUUCUCUCUUUUUAUUUAUUUAUUUAUUUUGAAAAAUGCCU